AACUCCGCACUACUACACACAACUCCACGCUAUCCACGUGAAGCUCCACCUCAGCCCACUCCAUGCCACCCCGCGGCACCGCGCUGCCCCCCGCCCCCCGCGUGCCGCCACGGGUAAAUUUAGCGCGGGGCGCGGACCCGCGGGUCAGAGCUGCGGGAGACGAGGAGGAGGAGGACGCGGAUUCGGAGGACGAGCUCGGGAGAGGCCAUGGCGAGUGACGAGCUCGCUCGGAAGCUGCAGCGGCGCCUCACCAUCGGCGCUGCGGAGGAGGAGGCGGCUGAGACGCGCGCCGCCGUCGGGGUCACAGCGGGGACCGAGGGGCCCCCCUCUCAGGGCCCCCCUUCUCUACCCUCCCCCUCUCAGGGCCCCCCAUCUCUACCCUCCCCCUCUCAAGGCCCCCCCUCCCAGGGGCUCCGCCGCGCCUCGGCUCCGGCCGGAGCGGAACUCCAAGGGUCGUGGCGACCCCGUGCCGAAGGGACCGAGGGGACGGGAGCGAUUCUCGGGGGGAGCAGCCACGGGAACCGGGAUUUGGGGGAGCGAGUGGAGCUGCCUCCCGCGGAAAGGGGCCCCCGGAUCAUCGCGGGGGAGAGGGGGGGGACCCGGGUCCCCGAGCUGCUCUCCCGAGCGCAGAGACGCGAGGUGGAGCGCGUCUUCCGACUGCACAACUCCAGGAAGGACGGCUACAUGGACCUCAUGGACCUCAAAUGCAUGAUGGAGAAACUGGGCGCCCCACAGACACACCUGGGCCUCAAGGAGAUGAUCGCCGAGGUGGACGAGGACUUUGAUGGGCGGCUCAGCUUCCGGGAGUUCCUGCUGAUUUUUCACAAAGCGGCGGCUGGGGAGCUGCAGGAGGAGAGCGGGCUGCUGGCGCUCGCUCGCCUCUCGGAGAUCGACGUCUCCGCCGAGGGAGUCAAGGGAGCCAAGAACUUCUUCGAAGCCAAGGUGCAGGCCAUGGCGGAGACGAGCCGCUUCGAGGCGGAGAUCCGCGCGGAGCAGGAGGAGAAGCGGCGCCAGGCGGGGGAGCAGCAGCAGCGUCGCGCCGCCUUCCGCCAGCUCCAGUCAGCCUUUGCGAACUGAAGCCCCGGGGAAUCGAUGCAUCGCUGCCACCGGCAUUUGUCUCUCAUGUCGGCUUUCCAAUGCACUUCUUAUUUGAAUGGCCAACACGUUUGGGUGAUGGUGGAUACGAAUGUAUAGUCCCUUCCAAAAAAACACAUUUUACUGGGGAGCAGCAUAACCUGUAUACUUCAUGUAUAUUUUAAAUACAUGCGUCUAGAGUGGCAGUGAAAGGGACUGUUACUCAGCUCGCCACGGCUGUUGCACUUGAUACGAAUGCUCGCUCUGUUUCAGACGCAUCAGCGGUCAGCUCACGCAUCGCACCACACAAAGCUGCCGAGAAAUCCUUGCUUUGAGUGCCACCACCGUGGAGUGAGUUGGCCCUCCUGGCGUGAGCGGUGCUCAUUACUGUGUGUGCGGUGGUGGUGGCUGCAUGAUCUAUUACUACUACUUACUAAUCGUUAUCCGUGCUGCCGAUGGAGUUGAGCAGUGACCUCGUUUGAACCGAGUCCCCAAAACGGUUGACCUUUUUUUAAACAACGCACUGCCCUCGUGUCAGUCCAUUGCUGGAUGAGGGCCUCCCCACACCGUGCGGUUCGCAGUGUGUUGUUUGACCAUACUUCACGACGCUGGUCAGUGCGGCUUGAUGAAGGAGGGGGGGGCAGAAGUAGUUGGGGGUACUGUAUAGCAAAGUGCAGCAAUGGGAUUUGGUGAGAGUGCUGCACUGCCAUCUGCUGGCACCGUGGUCAUAAACAACAGAAAUGGGAGAUUAACCUCCGCCGUGGGCAGGACCCAUCUGGCAUGCUCCACCACCCACGCUGCUGCUGCUGGGCUCAGGUGAGCCCGAAUCAGUGGUUCCAGUCGUGGGCGCGUUUCAUCCUCACGCACGGGUCACUUCUGAUGCACGCGUCCCGUCUCAGUGUUCGACAGCCCCACAUCUACUCUGAGCUGCACAUUUUAUAUAAUGUAUGUGAUCAGAAUCGUCAUCUUUAUUUAGACUGGAGGAAUCCGAUGAGCCAUGGAGCUCUUUGACACAUGACACGCAACCCCUGCACCUCCGAUGAGCACGGUUGUCUACUUAUGGUGCGAAAGAAGUUCAACAUACAAUCGUUUUUCAUUUGUGUUCCGUGUGUUAAAUACAGUUUUGUGUCAAAACUAGGACCCAUAUCGAACAUCUGGCAGUUUGCCAGCAUUGGCCCAAGCAAGCCUGACUGCUGAUGAGUCCACUGAAUAUCGAAGCUGGUCCAGUUUUUCUUGUUGAACCAAUUCUGCUGCAGUGAUGCACUUCCAUAAGGCCGUGCGGCUGAUGGGAAGUGUAAAACAACUACAUAUGUUAUAUUAUGUGCAGGGACAUAUGUGCUUAUUGGUUCACGCUUUUGUCCUUGACCGUAAGUCAUAUCCGGGGGGUUAGUUAGGGUCGUGAUAGCCAGGAUGAUGUGCAGCACGCGUAGUGCACGUGGAUGGGCGAUCGACAAUAGGUUGAUUUGCUCGUUCAAAACCGAAAACUAUUCCCAGCACCGUGGCAUCUGUACUGUUGUAACAUGUUCAAAGUUUUU